AAACCUUUGGACAGCCUCUAAACCUCAAAGAUGAGCAAUUACGAGAUCCCGGCAGGUCUGAAGGAGCUACUUCAGGGGUACGCGGUGCAGGUUCUUCGCAACAGGCCAGCAGACUUGGUGGAAUUUGCCGUGCAGCAUUUUACGCAAAUUUUGGAGAACCAAAAGAAUGACAAGACGGACAGCAACGCUGCACGGAAAGGGGUGACUUUUGCAACAAACUCUGAUGAGACCGAGAGUACCCGGGAUGAGAAAGAGGAGGAGGAGAAGCCAGUUAAACCCACCACUGGCAAAUGCAACCGUAGAGUUUCAGUUUGUGCAGAGCCGUACAACCCUGACGACGACAAUGACGAUGACCAGCCUGAACCUCGAGUUGUGCACCCUAAAACGGACGAGCAGCGUCGUAGGCUUCAGGAUGCCUGCAAGGAUAUUUUACUCUUUAAGACACUGGAGCAGGAGCAGUUCUCAGAGGUUUUGGAUGCCAUGUUUGAGGUGCAGGUCAAACCUCAGGAGCACAUCAUCGACCAAGGAGAUGAUGGCGAUAACUUCUAUGUCAUAGAGAGGGGUGUUUACAAUAUACUUGUGGCGAAAGAAGGUGUGAGCGUGUGCGUGGGUCAGUAUGACAACAAGGGCAGUUUUGGCGAGCUGGCUCUAAUGUACAACACGCCGCGAGCUGCCACAAUCGUGGCGACACAGGAAGGCGCCUUGUGGGGCCUGGACCGAGCCACCUUUCACAGGUUGAUUGUGAAAAAUAACGCAAAGAAGAGAAGGAUGUAUGAGGCCUUUGUUGAGUGUGUUCCUCUACUGAAGUCUUUGGAGCUCUCGGAAAGGAUGAAGAUUGUGGAUGUUUUAGCAGCACGAUCUUUCAAAGAUGGAGAGCGUAUUAUAGCACAGGGAGACGAGGCCGACUGCUUCUACAUGGUGGAAUCAGGACAAGUAAGGAUUAUGAUCAAAAGCAAAACAAAAGCAGGCCAGCGGGACGACACGGAGGUCGAAGUGGCCCGUUGUUCUCGAGGACAAUACUUUGGGGAACUCGCACUUGUCAACAACAAACCUCGCGCAGCAUCUGUUUAUGCUGUUGGAGAAACUAAAUGUUUAGUGAUUGACAUCCAGGCAUUUGAGCGCUUGCUGGGCCCUUGCAAGGAGAUCAUGAAGAGGAACAUCUCCCAAUAUGAAGACCAGCUUGUGGCAUUGUUUGGCUCUAGCGUGGAUUUAAAACACUAGCAUAAACUGUAUAGGUUUUUCCCCCCCACCAUUUCUGUCAGUCCAUUGUGUGGAACUCAAAAAUAUGAAUUAAAAAAAAAUAAUGCCCACAGUAAGACACCCUCAUGGCUUUGACUGUCCAAUACUGCUCUCCACAAUAAAAAAUAUUUCCUUGUUAUAAAAAAUAUAAAUAUUUACAUUUCAUUGAAAGAAACAACUACUCAUACAACUAAUGUUUUUGUUGUAUCAUUUUAAGUAUUUUUUAUUUUGUCUCAAAAGAAAAAACAAUAACCCAAAAUAAAGAUUAGAAUUUAAUAUCCCCACAUUUCUGUUGAUUUUUUUUUUAUUUUAUUUGAGUUACAAAAUACGAAGUGCAAUCAGCAGACUCCACAGAAGAGUUUGCUAAACUUCUUGUGUUACAAGUAUUUACACUCAAGGGAAAAAAAAAAUGAAAUCAAGAAUACCCAUCUAUUUUCAUUCUGUGUUCUGGUACAAUCCCAGAGUUCAAGUCUCUGCCAGCUUUACCAAGUUCCAUUGUCCAAGUUUAAAUAUUUAAAAUAUUUACAAUGUCCCAUGUUCCAAAUUGUUCAAAUGAAAUUGUUUGAGCAAUGCAAAUGUAGAUGCCGGAGGUGUAAACUGUUUCAGUAGUGGAGAGAAGAGAAGAAGAAAAAAAACCUGCACCAAAAUGGUAGAAUUAAAAUCUGUGGUCCUCUUGCAGGGUCUCUUUAAUUAAUCCCCCCCCCUUAAACAAGCACAGUAGAGGAGAGGCAGUCUGUACAUAUUUAAAAUAAUACAAUGAUAUGUCUCUUUUUAAUAUCCACAAUCCUCUUGUGUGGUGGGGAGACCAAAAAAACAAAAACACCAUCUUGUGAGUCAAUCAUUGUUGUUCCUCAAUCGUUCUGAUUUGUGUUUUUUUUUUCAAAGAAAAGUCAAACUCCAAUAAAUAGAAAUACAGCAGAAAUUGUCAAAAAGAAGACGAGCCGUGAUUCUGGUUUGGUCCAUCCCUGAGUUCUUUUGAGAAGGACAAAAAGACCAGACACGGGAUGACAAAAUGGUUGGAGGAUCAAAGACUGACAAGAAAAUGAAAAAAGUCUGGUAUUCCUCUGGUUUCCUGAGGCCCAUCUGUGGUUCUUCCAUCCAUCCAUGAGACAGAGUCUCUCGCAUUGAAGGUCACACAGAGGUGAUGACAAUCAUGAGGUGAGGAGAGAUACUGGAGAUUCUGUUGAGAAGAUCGGGGGCCAACUGAGAUAAGUGGCUCUCUGAAAAUU